AUGGCGGCCGUGGUGUCUGAUUCCCCCAGCCAUGUCCUGGCGGAAUUCGAUUCUCUGGACCCCCUGCUGUCAGCGCUGCGAUUGGAUUCCAGCCGGCUGAAGUGCACUUGCCUGGCCGUGUCCCGGAGAUGGUUGGCUCUCGGCAGCUCCGGAGGGGGUCUCAACCUCAUCCAGAAAGACGGCUGGAAGCACAGACUCAUCCUCACACACAAGGAAGGAGCCAUUUCCAGGGUCGCCUGCUGCCCCCAUGAUGACGACUUUGUGGCUGUAGCAACCAGCCAGGGAAUUGUGGUGGUCUGGGAGCUGAACCAGGAACGCCGCGGGAAGCCCGAGCGCAUCUACGUCUCUUCCGAGCACAAGGGCAGGAAGGUGACUGCCCUCUGCUGGGACACGUCAGUACUGCGGGUCUUCGUUGGAGAUCACAUGGGCAAAGUGUCGGCAAUCAAAGUGAACUCUUCCAAGCAAGGAAAGGCUGCUGCGGCUUUUGUGAUGUUCCCGGUUCAGAUCAUUACCAGUGUAGACUCCCGGGUAGUACAGCUCGAUUAUUUAGAUGGUCGGCUUCUGAUCUCCUCCCUGACGCGCUCUUAUCUAUGUGACACUGAGAGGGAGAAGUUCUGGAAAAUCGGUAACAAGGAGAGAGAUGGCGAGUAUGGCGCGUGUUUCUUCCCGGGUGGGCGGAGCUCUGGAGGUCAGCAGUCGCUAAUAUACUGCGCUCGCCCCGGAUCCAGGAUGUGGGAGGUGAACUUCGAGGGAGAGGUACAGAGUACGCACCAGUUCAAGCAGCUCUUGUCUUCCCCGCCUCUGCCGAUUAUUAGCACACGGUACGUAACAGGCGGGCUCUACUCCUCCUCCUCGCAUAUCUCGGAUGAUUUUAUUUUAUGUCGCCAUUUAUGUGAUCACAGUGUUGUCACAUGGACAGACCGUGGGUUAUAUGUGUUCCUUCCUCAGAACGUCCAGGUUCUGCUCUGGAGUCAGGUUAAAGGCAUCCAGGACAUGUGUGCGUAUAAGAGUGAUCUGUUCUGUCUGCACAUCGAUGGGAAGAUCUCCCACUUCUCUCUGCUGCCGGUGGACAGAUGUGUGGAACGGCUUAUUAAACGGAGCUCAUGGGGUUUGGCGGCAGGAGUCUGCCAUCUUUUCCAAAAUUCUGUAAUUUCUGGCAAAGUGAGGGAAGGUGUUACCGAUGGACAAGCUGAGCAUGUGAAGUCCCAGCUGGACCUGGUUCUUCAGGCAGAUCUGGUCAAACAGAUGGAAGAGGUCCUUUCCCGCGUGGAGCCCAUGGAUUCAGCAUGCAGCAGCAGGCGGAGCAGUAUCUCCUCCCAUGAGAGCUUCAAUGUGCUGGACUGCGGCAUUUACCGGGUGAUUAGUCGCAGGAACAGCCAAUCGGAUGAAGACUCCGGCUCUCUGUCACUGUCGGAGGAUGAGAGGCUGCGGGAGCUCUCCGUACCACUGGAGGAUGAACACGCAGAAUCAGUCUCCCGCAUGUUCUGCCCAUCAGACACCGCUUCUCAUGCCUCCGUGACAAUGGACAGCGAUCGGACCGAGCCCAUCCUCCCAUUCAGUCUCUCACUGCCAUUCCGUUCCACCUCACCCCGCAUGUCCCUGCAAGCUGUCAAAGAAAGUGUCUCAAGCUUUGUCAGAAAAACCACCGAGAAAAUUGGUACCCUCCACAUGAGUCCUGAAAUAAGGAGGAAGCAGGAGGCCAAGGAGGAAGAGCACCCCCAUGUAGUGACUGUAGAUGGUUUUUCCCAACAAGAAGAAGAGAAAACUGAACUAGAACCUCCCCAACCACCAACACCUUCUGUGGAGGAUAUUCUGCUGGGAGAACUGAAGCUUGCAACAUUGGAAGCCAUGUGA